CACAGUCAUUUACCGUAACAUGAGCGGAGGUUGUAUCAGAAAGGCAAAUGAGGAGAACAGAAACAGACCCGCUGACUGUCCGCAGAGCUGACAAUCGUCUUUAGAUAACAACUGGUUUUGUUUGUUGGUGCACUUUUCUUGCACAUUUUUUCAUAAUUUAAGUAAUUUUGCACCUUUGCAACUUUUACAGACUUAAAGACUGAGCACAAAUACCUUCAACUACUUAUUUAGACUGUCCACUUGGUGGUAUUCAAAUUAUCCAAAUAUGAUGGACUGCAACAUAUAAACUAAUUAAAACCUCAACAUAUCAAGCUGCAGUGCUUCUGCCCUCAAUACAGGCAAACAAUGAGGCCUGUGACUGCUGCCCUCUGGGCGGCAGCCAUGUUGGUGGGAUUCCAGCUGAGUGCUUCAUUCCCUGAUAGCAUCGUGGACCGCUCAUCCCAAAACCUCUCCUUAGUCCCAAGAGACCUGCCUCAGACGGUUGAGUUUUUAGACAUUUCAUGCAACCACAUACAGCAACUUUACCAUGGAGACUUCAAGAACACCACUCUCCUGAGGUUCCUCAACAUUUCAUGGAAUAGUUUGGAGGAGAUUGACUCGGAGACGUUCCUCGACACACCCCUCCUGGAGGAUCUGGACCUGUCACACAACCGACUGAAGAACCUUUCCGGUCAGCGUUACCUGUUCCACACAGAGAACCUUUUGGCACUAAAUUUGAGCUGCAACAAGUUUCUCACAAUGACACUGGGGGGUGAGUUCAGCUCCCUGGUAAAACUAGAGAAAUUAGCACUUGGUGCAAAAAACAUCAGUACAGGUGAUUUCAAGAAUAUUGCUCAAGUGAAACUACGCACACUGACCCUUUCCAUGGAGGAUGAACUGGUUUACGAAGCAGGUAGCCUUAAGGAUGUUCAUGCUCAAAGGCUUCAGAUAGCCUUCACUAGAAAUCAAAUAAUAGACCAUGAUCUGUUUGCUGAUGCUCUGUCACUCUUUGUUGAAGUGGAGUUGAUGAAUUUGACUGGAGGCUACAAAGACCUAAGUGAGCAGUUGAGAGAGAGAGCCAAAAUCCACACAUCUCAUCUUGAUCUCAGCAACAUAACAAUCGACUGGCCAGAUUUAACUCACUUUGUAAACGUGGUUCUGUGUACAUCUCUUACCAGUCUGAGCGCCUCUGAUGUGGCCCUCAACAAGUUGCCUUAUAUAGACACUAAUGUGACCAAGACAUGUAAAAUGCAGUCCUUUUCAGCCAGAAGGGUAGUGGUGAAGACUUUCUUCUUUUCACAGGAGGCUGUAUACAACUUUUUUAUCAACCUGCCAGUGGAGAGUUUUGCAAUCUUCGAGACUCCAAUGAUACACAUGACAUGCCCAAGGUCGCAGAGUCCUAUCCUCCAGCUGGACUUCUCCUUUUGUGCUCUAUCUGACUCCAUAUUCUCCAGAGUGGAGGCUCAGAAGACUGUUGAAUGUGAGACUCUGGAUAACGUGAGGAAACUGAUUCUCGUAGGCAACAAUCUAAAGAGCCUUCAUAUGCUGAGUGAACGCGUGCAACACAUGAAGUCCCUGCAACAUCUGGACCUCAGCCUCAACUCCCUAGUUUAUGAUGGUCUGGAAGAAUGUGUCUGGCCACCAAACAUCACCAACAUGAUUCUGUCUUCUAAUGGUCUGACAGGCUCAGUUUUUAAAUGUCUACCAAUAGGAACAGAGACACUGGACCUCCAGAACAACCAGGUUUCUGUAGUGCCAUCAUCCAUCUUAAAACUGGAAAACCUUUCAUCACUGAAUCUAAAUGCUAACAGGCUGCGGGACCUGCCAGUAUGUAAUGGUUUCCCCGUACUGAUUGAGCUUCAGCUCAAGUCAAACUCCCUCCACGCCCCGUCAGUGAACAAGCUGGAAAGCUGCCCCAAUCUGAAAACUCUGGAUGUCAGUUACAACCCCUUCAUCUGCACCUGCGCUCUGAGGAGUUUCAUAAGUCUUGGCAUCAAGUCUGAAAAGAGCAAUGGAAUUGAAUUGCUGAACUGGCCAACGGACUAUUCCUGCUCAUACCCUGAGGCCGACAGAAACUCCACCUUGAAAAACAUCUGGAUCCUAGAGAUCACCUGUAACGCUGGCCUUCUAGCUGCCAUCAUCUUGUGCCCAACAGUGAUAGUGAUCACCGCAGUUGUGACGCUGUGCCAUCAAUUGGAUGUUCUCUGGUAUAUCAGCAUGAUCUUGCAGUGGACCAGAGCCAAACGCCGUGCCAGAAUGCGACAAGUUCGACCCGAAGAUCUGGUCGGUAUCGAGUUUCACGCUUUUGUUUCUUACAGCCAGCAUGACGCAGACUGGGUGCACAAUUCCCUCCUCUCCAACCUUGAAGGCCCUACAGGAGGGCUCCGAAUCUGCCAUCAUGAGAAAAACUUUGUGCCGGGAAAGACAAUUAUUGAGAACAUCAUCACAUGUGUUGAGAAAAGCCGACGCUCCAUGUUUGUGCUCUCUGCUCACUUUGUCAAGAGCGAGUGGUGCCAUUACGAGCUGUACUUUGCCAGCCACCAACACCUUUCUCGGGACUCGGACAGCAUUGUGCUGGUGCUGCUCGAGCCUCUGCCUCUAUACCUGAUCCCAUCCAAGUACUACCAGCUGAAGUCCAUAAUGGGUCGGCACACAUAUUUGGAGUAUCCUCAGGACAGGGCCAAGCACAGGUUUUUCUGGGCCAACCUCAGGGCUGCCCUACAGGCAGACCUGCCAAAUGCACCAGCCGCAGAACUAGAGGAGUGACUGUGGUAGGCAGACUGAAAGAGGAAGAGGAAGUGUGAAUGGGACUGAUGGGAAAGUUUGCAUGAGGGAAUGCAGCAGAAAUA